AUGUUAUCAUUUUCUCAACGUUUAAUCGAUACACAAAAUAUGUCACAAUCAACUAACAAAAUUUACGAAGAACUUAUAGAACAAUUUUCAUUAUGUAUUUAUGAAACAGCAGCUGGAUAUCUUCGUUGCAAUGAUGAUCUUCGUAAACUACCAUUCAAUGAUCGUUCAAUAAUGCUUCGUAAUGCUAGUAAUACUGUGAGCUGUGUAGGUGGUGCAUUCGUUAUUCAACAUUGGGGUUUAUGUAAUAUGAAUGCUUUUUUAAAUGCUAUGAACACAAGAUAUGGAACACGUUCAAUGGAUAUUCAUAUUUGGGCAAAGAAAUUUAUUGAUCCAGAUGUUGUAUUGAUUAAAUUAGCAAUAUCAUUAUUUGCUUUUUCUGAAAAUACUUAUUGUUAUUAUACAAAUAUUUCACAAGAUUUAACAAAUUCUAUUCAUAUUUUAGAGAUUCAAAAUAAAUAUGCUGAAUUGACAUGGAAAUAUCUUCUUUACAAAUAUGGUCAUUAUGAUACUGUUAAACGUUUUCUUAAUUUAACACUUUGGCUUCUUUCUAUUGGUAUGUUAACGGCUCAUGCUCAAAGUUUGAUGUUACAUGUUCAUGAUAUUGAUUCAGUUAUUGAACAAACUGAAUUACAACUUGUAUUAGAUGAUGUUGCAAACAUAAUUGAAACAAAUCAAUAG